UCCUUAAACCCAUUGUGAAAAAUGUCUCUGUUGUCUAUUGUAGUACCCUAACCAGAGCCUCCUCUCUCUCUCUCUCUCUCUCUCUCUCUCUGCGCCAAAGCCUUUGUUGCUGUUCUGAAGCUCGAACGCUUCGAAGUCAUGGCUCGUUUCCGAAACAAGAAGAAAAAGGUGUUUCUGAAGCCAGUAGUGAAAAAGAAGCAGGCUACUGUGGACCAUAUCACAGGGGAUAAGAUCCCAAAGAGCUUCGUUUUCUCGAGAGGGAAGUUGCCUGGUCCUCUUAGGCAACUUCAAAUGGAUUUGAGAAAGAUAAUGCUUCCUUUUACUGCUCUCAAUCUUCGGGAGAAAAGACGGAACAAUAUCAAAGACUUCUUAAAUGUUGCAGGGCCUAUGGGUGUUACACAUUUCCUCAUAUUGUCCAAAACUCAAACUGCGCCCUACCUUAGGGUCGCAAGAACCCCACAAGGCCCAACUCUUACAUUUAAGAUAAAUGAGUACUCUUUAGCAGUUGAUGUCGCUCGAUCUCAAUUGCGACCUCGAUGUCCUCAAGAUCUUUUCAAAAAUCCUCCACUGAUUGUACUUUCUGGUUUUGGGAGCGGGGAACAACAUCUAAAACUGACCACUAUAAUGUUUCAAAACAUCUUCCCAGCCAUUGAUAUUAAUACUGUCAAACUUUCUUCCUGCCAGAGAAUCGUGUUGCUUAAUUACAACAAAGACACAAAGCUCAUUGAUUUUCGUCAUUAUUCCAUUAGGUUGCAGCCUGUUGGUGUCUCACGGAGAAUUAGAAAAUUUGUGCAGAACCAUCAAGUCCCUGAUCUAAGAAACCUUCAAGACGUUAGUGACUUCAUCACUAAGGCUGGUUAUGUAUCAGAAAGUGAAGCAGAUGAUGAAGCAGCAACAGUGACCAUGGCUAGUGAUCUCGGCAGGGUUAAUCGAGCUUCUACAAAAAGUGCUGUCAAGCUUCAAGAGAUUGGAGCUAGAAUGACUCUUCAGCUCAUCAAGGUUGAAGAAGGAUUGUGUUCGGGUGGAGUAAUAUUCAGUGAAUAUGGAAAUGGUGACGGGAAGAAAAAGGAAGACAAACAGGAAGAACACAAGGAUGAGGAAGACAGUGAUGAAGAUGAGCAGGCAAAUAGUGAAGAUGGCCAUGAAGAUGGCGAAGAAGGUGAAGAUGAAGAUAGUGAAGAGGAUUUUGCCGACAUCGAGGAAGACUAGUGACUGAGAGUUGAAUGGAUGCUUACUAUGCUUAUGAGGUCAUAUGUGAUAUUAAAGAAUUUGAGUUGCUUUACUCUGAAUCAUAUGUGAGAAGUUUAUUUAAAAUGGUACUUCUUGUUAUAGUUGAUUUUUUUUUUUCUUUAUUGUGAGGGCCAGGGGUUGAAUGGCGGUAGUUCCACAAGAAACUAAGAUGGAUAAAUAUGGUCGAAUUGAAUGUUAGAACAAUAAAAGCUUUCAAGAAAUACCUUUUGCGCCGAAAGCAUUCCUUGCCUCCAA